CUGAAGUACCUCUGUAGUCUAAAACGUGCCAGAAGAGUAGGUAACUAAGGAAACAGACUAAAAUUAUUUUAUUUCGUCAUGGAAUUCAUUCCCUUAACCAAGAAAAAUCAUAAGAGAAAAUCAUUAGAAGAAAAUACAAAUGAAUCGCAUAAACGGAAAAAGAAAACAAGAUAUCAGCGUUUAAAUUUUGUUUGGGAUCCACGAUUGAUUCCUCGUGUUAAACAGUUUCUUGAAAAUAAGACACACAAAACACCAGUUGAUGUUGAAUUUGUUGCAGAUGAACUUCAACAAGUGUAUCCAGAGUAUAGGAGAAAAAAAAGAAAUGCAUUCAGAUUGGAAGUAUCAAAAGCUCUUAAAAGUCUACAGAAAUCUUCAGGAGUCAUGGAUGAUGAAAGAGGUGGCAGUGGAAAUCAGGAAGAAAAUUGUAAUUUUUCUGAUGAUAGUGAAAACUAUUCUCCUUAUGAAGACACCAAUAUGGUAAACACUUCAAUGCGAGACUUAUAUAAAAAGUCUAGUGCAAAACAAAUAGAAAACUUAAAAUCUGAGAGUUUUGUUGAGGUAUCCAAAACUGUGAAGGAAACUAUUGUAACUUCUGCACCUGCUUCCAAAAACAUAAGCCAAAUAAGAAAUACCAAUGAUGGUAGGAAUAACAAAGCUGUACCAUCCAUUAAAGAGCAAUCUAAUCAAACUAAACUGAAGACUGAAAAUAACUUGAAAACUCCAUCAGAGAAGAGAAAAGAUGGCAAGAAAAAAGACAUCCCCUUAUUAGAGUCAUCUGUUAAAUUUGCAGAUAUAGGUGGUGCAGAAAAAACUUUACAUGAUAUCUGUCAACUUCUAGUACACAUGAAACAUCCAGAAGUGUAUGAGCAAUUGGGUGUUAUUCCUCCAAGAGGGUUUCUUCUUCAUGGACCCCCAGGAUGUGGGAAAACCCUGCUAGGCCAUGCCAUUGCAGGGGAGCUGGGUCUUCCUUUCAUAAAGAUAGCUGCAACAGAAAUAGUGUCAGGAGUUUCAGGUGAAUCAGAGGAAACAAUUCGAGAUCUGUUUGAAAAAGCAGUAAAUAGUGCUCCUUGUAUUCUUUUUAUUGAUGAAAUUGAUGCUGUCACUCCCAAGAGAGAAAAUGCUCAGAGAGAGAUGGAAAAGAGGAUAGUUGCACAACUUCUGACAUGCAUGGAUGAGCUUAACCAGAAAGACACUACAAUACAAGUUUUGGUAAUUGGUGCUACAAACCGUCCUGAUUCCCUUGAUCCUGCAUUACGUCGUGCUGGGCGAUUUGAUCGAGAAAUUUGUUUGGGUAUUCCUGAUGAGGCUGCAAGAAGCAGAAUACUUAAAGUCUUAUGCAGAAACUUGAAACUUCAUUCUUCUGUUGAUUUCAACUUGUUGGCUAAAAUGACACCAGGAUGUGUUGGAGCUGACUUGAUGGCUUUGACACGAGAAGCAGCAAUUUGUGCCAUUAACAGGGUAUUCAGUGCCUUACAAGAACCCACCAAGCUGGACACAAAAUUUAAAUCCAGUGUCCAGGAACUUCAGGUUGCAUUGUCUGAAGAACAUCUUUCUAAUGGAAAAACAAUUGUACAGACCAUUUCAGAUAAACAGCUUAGACCAAAGUUAGAUAUCUCUACACCAAAUUCUAUUUCUAAAGAAAAGCUUGAAGAAGCAUUGAAAUGGCUUCAAGAUCAGCCUCCUUUAUCAACAGAACAACUUCAAGAACUUUAUAUAGAGAUGGUUGAUUUUCAGGAAGCUGUAACUGUUGUUCAACCAUCAGCAAAACGAGAAGGAUUUGCCACUGUACCAGAUGUUACAUGGGAUGAUAUUGGAGCCCUUCAAGGUGUGAGGGAGGAACUACAGCUGGCAAUAUUAGCUCCAAUUAGACACAGAGAAAGAUUUGAAUCAUUAGGACUAACAACCUCAACAGGAAUACUGCUAUGUGGACCACCUGGAUGUGGAAAGACAUUACUGGCAAAGGCUAUUGCCAAUGAAUCGGGGAUAAAUUUCAUCUCGGUGAAAGGACCUGAACUACUGAACAUGUAUGUAGGGGAGAGUGAACGAGCAGUUCGACAGUGUUUCCAGCGAGCCCGAAAUUCUGUUCCUUGUGUGAUAUUUUUUGAUGAACUUGAUGCGUUGUGUCCAAGGCGUACAGAUUCUGCAGAGAGUGGAUCUAGUGCUCGGGUAGUAAACCAGCUGCUAACAGAAAUGGAUGGGCUGGAGGCCAGAAAACAAGUUUUUGUUGUGGGAGCAACUAAUAGGCCAGAUAUUAUUGAUCGUGCAAUGCUUCGCCCUGGGCGUUUGGACAAGUUAUUAUUUGUGGGACUGCCAACACCUGAAGAUCGUGUGGACAUUUUAAGGACUAUAACAAAGAAUGGUAAAAAACCUUGCCUUGCUAGUGAUGUUGAUUUGAAAGCUAUUGGAAAUGAUUCUCGGUGUGAAGGAUUCACAGGUGCAGAUUUAGCAGCUUUAGUAAGGGAAGCAUCGGUAGCUGCUUUAAAGGAAUCAUUGCCAAGUUUCUCAUUAAAGAAUGAAGAAGUUGAGAAAGACCAGGAAGAAAUAAAGGUUUUUAACAAACACUUUCAAACUGGCUUUUUGAAAGUAAAAGCUUCAGUGUCUUUGAAGGAUCAGAGAGUAUAUGACAAGAUCAGACAAACAACUUUAAUGAAAGUAACUUCACAAGGCGUUACCCUAGGAGAGAAAUCAGCCUCAGUUAAUCAGCCACUGAUAGAGAACCUGAGAAUAACUAAAGUCAACAAUGUGCCAGAUUUAGAAGGUUCUUUCUCUCUUAAGAGUGAUGAAGAAAAGAUGCCUACAACAUCUUUACUAGUUAAUUUUUUUUUUUCUAUUUUAAUAAAGGACAAGAGAAGAAAGUAUGAACCACCAGUACCCACCAGAGUGGGAAAGAAGAAGAGAAAAACCAAGGGUCCAGAAGCUGCUAGCAAAUUACCCCUAGUAACCCCUCAUACAAGAUGUAGGUUAAAACUUCUCAAGUUGGAGAGAAUUAAAGACUACCUUCUCAUGGAAGAAGAGUUUCUCAGGAAUCAAGAAAGAUUAAAACCACAGGAAGAAAAACAUGAGGAGGAACGUUCCAAGGUGGAUGAUCUCAGAGGUACACCGAUGUCAGUAGGAAACCUAGAGGAAAUCAUAGAUGACAACCAUGCUAUUGUGUCGACAUCUGUGGGGAGUGAACACUAUGUUAGUAUACUUUCUUUUGUUGAUAAGGAUCAACUAGAACCUGGAUGUUCUGUACUUCUAAAUCACAAGGUUCAUGCAGUUGUUGGAGUUUUAUCAGAUGACACAGAUCCUAUGGUGACUGUCAUGAAACUGGAGAAAGCUCCACAGGAAACAUAUGCUGACAUUGGAGGUCUAGAUCAACAGAUCCAAGAAAUCAAGGAAUCAGUGGAACUGCCUCUUACUCAUCCGGAAUACUAUGAGGAAAUGGGCAUUAAACCUCCAAAAGGAGUUAUUUUGUACGGUGCACCAGGGACAGGAAAAACCCUCUUAGCAAAAGCUGUGGCUAACCAGACUUCAGCAACUUUUCUUCGUGUUGUGGGUUCUGAACUCAUUCAAAAGUACCUUGGAGAUGGACCCAAAUUGGUCAGAGAAUUGUUUCGUGUUGCAGAAGAACAUGCUCCAGCUAUUGUGUUUAUUGAUGAAAUUGAUGCUGUUGGUACAAAAAGAUAUGAUUCAAAUUCUGGUGGUGAAAGAGAAAUUCAGAGAACUAUGCUGGAACUUCUGAAUCAGCUGGAUGGAUUUGAUUCUCGAGGGGAUGUUAAGGUUAUCAUGGCAACAAAUCGAAUUGAAACAUUAGAUCCAGCUCUCAUAAGACCUGGUCGAAUUGACAGAAAAAUUGAAUUCCCACUUCCUGAUGAAAAAACUAAAAGGAGAAUUUUUAUGAUUCAUUCAGCACGUAUGACUUUAGCUGAGGAUGUUAACAUUGAUGACCUGGUCAUGGCAAAAGAUGAUCUGUCAGGGGCAGACAUCAAGGCUAUUUGCACUGAAGCUGGUUUAAUGGCACUUCGAGAGAGAAGGAUGAAGGUAACAAAUGAGGAUUUUAGAAAAUCUAAAGAGAAUGUCUUAUAUCGUAAGAAUGAAGGCACUCCAGAAGGACUGUAUUUAUAAAUCUUUAUAAGAAGGAUAAGAGUUAAUGAUUACUAAAUAUUUCAAUGUUGUUGAAAUUGUAGUUUCACAUAUUUCUAUCUCUUCAUGUAGGUUGAAAUAAAUGUUUCUA